GGAGGAUGAUGACGUUGUGAGCUUCACCACGGGGGGCCAGGAGAACCGGGUGGCAGCGAACACUGUGUGGAGGCGAUGGCCGGGUAUUCCUAUCGGUGGAACGACGAAUAUUGUUCAUAUAAGAAUUAUUUCUUAUGCGAAAGACGGAAACAAGCAGAACACAAACAACGAACAGCCAACAGAAACCAGCCUGUACAGAGCAGUUCAAGAGGAAGUAUCAUGCCUCGACGACCUUGCCCGGACCAAUGGACUCGAUACCAAAGUUCGUGUUAUCUCUUGAUUGAGUAUGAUCUUGACUGGAUACAAGCAAACUACAUGCGCGGGCUACAGGGCGGAUAUCUGGCAUCGAUUGAAUCUGAAGUCGAAAAUAAUUUCAUUAAGCGCUAUUUGAGAACUAAUCAAGGUUACAGCCAUAACGUGUGGAUUGGCGCCACUGACAUGAGGGUGAGGGGGAUCUACCGCUGGGUGGAGGAUGAUGACGUUGUGAGCUUCACCAACUGGGGACCAGGAGAACCGGGUGGCAGCGAGCACUGUGUGGAGGCGAGGGCCGGGUAUUCCUAUCGGUGGAACGACGACCCUUGUUCGUAUGAGAAACAUUUCCUGUGUGAAAGACGGGUUGAGGGCAGUAUUUUUGGCUGAUCCUUCUACCUCCGAUACGCAGCGACACCAUCUGGGACCCCGCACCUCCUAUCACCGAUAUGUUGUUUGUGUGGUGAAAACAUCAUAUAUACAUUACUUUACUCGGCUCUGUCUCAUGUCAAACCAUAUUUACCGAUGUAAUAAUUCUCCUUGUUGCGGCAACAGCACUGACGUUUACAUUCACAAGUCCAAUGAAGCGCCACACAAAUCAUUCGUCUCCUUGUAUAAGCUGACAAAGACUAUUGACCUCAACUGUAGUCAUACUGCUUAACACAAAGGAGUGAGUUAAAGUUUAACGUCACAUCGGAAUAUUUCAGCCAUAUCGUAACGAAUUAACACAAAGGAAGGAACAUAACCUCUCUCGUUGUCCCCUCUUGUGCUCUGGGUGCGAAUAGACCCCAGUACCAUGUCCUAAGGCCAUGAUUGUCCUAAGAUCAGACUGUACUGGGGAACGGCCUGUGACAAGGUUGCUUGCUUGUCAUCGUUCACGAUGGCGUGUUUGUCGCUCACGCUCUUGGUAACAGAUCUGCUAGGCCUAAACGUCAUUCAUAACAUGCCGCAGCAGUGACAUAGCUGGACUAUUGCUUACUGUUUAAUGUCAUAUAUCAUCCCUUUAUAAUUAAUUAAUAGUCUGUACAUGAUAGUUGACUUGCCUUUGCAUGUGUUUGUGACGGGUGACACCUGUGGGGCAGAUUACGUCACCUUUUCAAUUCAAUUCAAAUAUUUUCGAGGACACCUUUAUCAUUACUGUUUGAUAGUGAUUCAUAAACACAUGCUCAUGAUGUAGUCAGAAUCGUACACUCGACUCAGGUUUGGGCGGAGAUUUGGAGAGGGCUUUGUCGCGUUUAUUUCUGUACAUGAGUGGAUUUCCUAUCACCGCCGAUACAGAUACCUGAAUAUUUAACUACAAUGCUAUUUUCUAGAUAGAGACCGUACGUAUAACCUGACGUUGUGUGUUUGUGCUAACGAUGCAGAAAAUGGUACUAUUUUAUGAGGACUGUGCUUGAGAUAUAAUAGUUUUACAGCCAGCGCUUCAAGACAUACAGUUUUGUUCCCCGAUUAAUUUCGUUUGGUAAAUCCAGAGGACAUUUUAUUUUUAAUCCACGCCCCAAGAGUGUGCUUAUUACAGGUGGAUUGUCUUUAUAUAUCAUGUAAAUCCGAUUUUAUCUCGCAUUAUAAAGCUUUUUAAUAAAUGAUACAUAAAUAAUAUUCGAAAACUAUAUACGUGUAUUCAGCUUGUAUACUUGUGAAAGUAUCUUUUCUUGGCUAUUGUAUUCGUCUAUGUGCGAGUUCUUGAAAUAAAAUGAUCAUAAAUCAUGUUUUGGCUGUUUUGUGUUAUUUCAUGUUGACCAGUUUGCCGA